CAACUUCCUGCCCCAUCAGAGGAAGUGGGAGCGACACCAGGUGCGGCGACAGCUAGCAGGGCCAUGGACAAGGAGUAUGUGGGUUUUGCUGCCCUCCCCAACCAGCUGCACCGCAAGUCGGUGAAGAAGGGGUUUGACUUCACACUCAUGGUGGCAGGGGAAUCAGGCCUGGGGAAAUCCACCCUCAUCAACAGCCUGUUUCUCACCAACCUCUAUGAGGAUCGGCAGCUGCCAGCAGCCAGUGAUCGCUUGUCACAGACACUGACCAUCGAGCGCCGGGGCGUGGAGAUCGAGGAGGGGGGUAUUAAGGUGAAGCUGACCCUGGUGGACACACCUGGCUUUGGAGACUCAGUUGACUGCUCAAACUGCUGGCUGCCCGUGGUACACUUCAUCGAGGAGCAAUUUGAGCAGUACCUUAGGGACGAGAGUGGCUUGAACCGGAAAAACAUCCAGGAUUCCCGGGUCCACUGCUGCCUCUACUUCAUCUCACCCUUCGGCCGGGGGCUCCGGCCCCUAGAUGUGGCUUUCCUCCGGGCUGUGCACGAGAAGGUCAACAUCAUCCCAGUCAUUGGCAAAGCAGACGCCCUGAUGCCUAAGGAAGCCCAGGCCCUCAAGCAGAAGAUCCGAGACCAGCUGAAGGAGGAGGAAAUCAACAUCUACCAGUUCCCGGACUGUGACUCUGAUGAGGAUGAAGACUUCAAGAGGCAGGAUGCCAAGAUGAAGGAAAGCAUCCCCUUCGCAGUGGUUGGUUCGUGCGAGGUGGUGAGGGACAGCGGGCCCCGGCCUGUGAGGGGACGCUGCUAUUCCUGGGGUACCGUGGAGGUGGAAAACCCACAUCACUGCGAUUUUCUGAACCUGAGACGGAUGCUGGUGCAGACACACCUGCAGGACCUGAAGGAGGUGACGCACGAUCUGCUCUACGAGGGCUACCGGGCCCGCUGUCUGCAGAGCCUGGCCCGGCCUGGGGCGCGCGAUCGGUCCAGCCGCAGUAAGCUUUCCCGCCAGAGCGCCACGGAGAUCCCGCUGCCCAUGCUGCCGCUGGCCGAGACAGAGAAGCUGAUCCGCGAGAAAGACGAAGAGUUACGCCGCAUGCAGGAGAUGCUGGAGAAGAUGCAGGCGCAGAUGCAGCAGAGCCAGGCCUCGAGCGAGCAGUCGGACUCUCUCUGAGGCCCCGCCCCUCCCCGCCUUACCUUGGCCCCGCCCCGCCUUACCUCGGGCCCGCCUUCCGCCCGCGUCUGGCCCAAUCCCGGAGCCCCUGCCUGCCCGGCGCCUAAUCCCGGAGCCCGGGUCUGUAGCCCCGCCCCUGCUUGGGCUCCGGGUGGGUUCGCGCACUGAGCGUUUCUCCCAGAUCCUGGAGUUUGUAGCCCCGCCUCUGGCUCCGCCCGGGCCCGCCCCUAGAGCCCCUCUAGGUCUUCCCGCCAUGCCCCUCUCCGCCCAACCUGUGUCUACAAUAAAAACCGAGCUUCCCUGAG